UGCCGGUGGGGAGGGGCCCGCAGGGUGCGCUGCGUUCGGCGCGGCUGUUGGGGGACCGCGGCUCGGCGGCGGACCCGGCGCCCGGCGUCUUGAAGCAUAGGGUGAAGGUUUCUCUUCACGGUGCAUGGACGGAAAGCCAAUGCGCAGGUGUACCAGUACUCGACCAGGAGAGACCGGAAUGGAUGUGACUAGCCGUUGCACACUCGGAGAUCCUAACAAACUGCCAGAAGGGGUGCCUCAGCCUGCUCGCAUGCCCUACAUCUCUGACAAGCACCCUCGACAAACCCUGGAAGUCAUCAAUCUUCUGAGGAAGCACCGGGAGUUGUGUGAUGUGGUGCUAGUAGUUGGUGCAAAGAAGAUCUAUGCCCACAGGGUGAUUCUGUCAGCCUGCAGCCCUUACUUCCGAGCCAUGUUCACUGGGGAACUGGCAGAGUCUCGGCAGACAGAAGUAGUAAUUAGAGACAUCGACGAAAGGGCCAUGGAACUGCUGAUUGACUUUGCAUACACCUCUCAGAUCACUGUAGAAGAGGGAAAUGUCCAGACUUUGUUGCCAGCUGCUUGCCUUCUCCAGUUGGCUGAGAUCCAGGAGGCCUGCUGUGAGUUCCUUAAGAGACAGUUGGACCCUUCCAAUUGCCUGGGCAUCCGAGCUUUUGCUGACACUCAUUCAUGCCGUGAACUGUUGAGGAUUGCUGACAAGUUCACACAGCAUAACUUCCAGGAGGUAAUGGAGAGUGAGGAGUUCAUGCUGCUUCCUGCCAAUCAGCUCAUAGACAUUAUAUCCAGUGAUGAGUUAAAUGUUCGCAGUGAAGAGCAGGUGUUCAAUGCAGUGAUGGCCUGGGUGAAAUACAGCAUUCAGGAAAGAAGACCGCAGCUGCCACAGGUCCUGCAGCACGUCCGUCUACCACUGCUGAGUCCCAAGUUUCUUGUGGGUACAGUGGGUUCUGAUCCACUUAUUAAGAGCGACGAGGAAUGCCGGGAUCUAGUGGAUGAAGCUAAAAACUAUCUCCUGUUGCCCCAAGAGCGGCCACUGAUGCAAGGACCAAGAACUAGGCCACGCAAACCCAUCCGCUGUGGAGAAGUGCUCUUUGCAGUGGGGGGCUGGUGUAGCGGAGAUGCAAUUUCCAGUGUCGAGCGCUAUGACCCUCAAACCAAUGAGUGGCGGAUGGUGGCUUCCAUGAGCAAAAGACGCUGUGGUGUUGGAGUCAGUGUUUUGGAUGAUCUUCUUUAUGCUGUGGGAGGCCAUGAUGGUUCCUCUUAUCUUAACAGUGUAGAAAGGUAUGAUCCGAAGACCAAUCAGUGGAGCAGUGAUGUGGCCCCCACUAGUACCUGCAGGACCAGUGUUGGAGUAGCAGUUCUUGGAGGCUACCUCUAUGCUGUGGGUGGCCAGGAUGGUGUCUCUUGUCUAAACAUUGUAGAAAGGUAUGAUCCCAAAGAAAACAAAUGGACUCGAGUGGCUUCUAUGAGCACCAGGCGCCUGGGAGUUGCAGUGGCUGUGCUAGGGGGCUUCCUUUAUGCUGUGGGAGGCUCUGAUGGAACUUCUCCUCUCAAUACUGUGGAACGCUACAAUCCCCAGGAGAACCGCUGGCACACAAUUGCUCCUAUGGGGACAAGGAGGAAGCACCUGGGCUGUGCAGUAUACCAAGACAUGAUUUAUGCUGUGGGAGGCAGAGAUGAUACAACAGAGCUCAGCAGUGCGGAGAGAUACAACCCUCGAACCAACCAGUGGUCUCCUGUUGUGGCCAUGACAUCCCGCCGGAGUGGAGUUGGCCUUGCCGUGGUGAAUGGACAGCUGAUGGCAGUGGGGGGUUUUGAUGGCACAACAUACUUGAAGACCAUUGAGGUGUUUGAUCCAGAUGCUAACACAUGGAGGUUGUAUGGUGGGAUGAACUAUCGGCGGCUGGGAGGAGGAGUAGGUGUUAUCAAAAUGACACACUGUGAAUCCCAUAUAUGGUACCAGUCCAAGUAAAACUGGCUUAAAACUUUGCUGUUUAUUGCUACCCUCAAUUGCUUAGAAGCACAUCAUUCAAAAACAGCUUUUUCUCAAAGAAAGCAGCUGUACUACCUGGCUGAAUCUAGCUCUGGUCACUUUACUGCAGUUACCAAUGAGGGCUAUACUCCAAUUUUCUCCAAAGUAGCUUUGGAGAAAGUAGCUUUUCAUUCCAGCGCUACCUUACAGCUAGGCUGUAGCAGACGCACGCAUACACAGCAAAACAUUGGUCUUGAAAGCUGAGUACGGCCAUAGUUGAUAUAUGCACUCCACUGGAAAUUCACAUGCUUAUUAGACUGUGUUCUUAAGGCAAAGGACUAGUUAAAAGAGGCUAUAUGGAAUUUAGUUUUUUAGAGAUCUAUGCAAAUUUGUUGGAAAGAGCUGAGCAUUAGAUUUAAAACUAAGCCAUGGCUGCAACAGUCCUGUUUUCAAAUCAAAUACAGGUACCAGUUAUGUCAGACCUCCUACUGCUUUAGCCAGUGUUCCUCUGAAUCAAGAUAGCAAACUUUGUCUAAGAUGUUUCAUAAAAGGAAACUAAAGCACCAGAAGCGAUAGUUUAAAUAGCUGCUGUGCUGUCAAGACCUUCAGGAAAUUGCUUAGCUGCUUCUAUCAGGGUAAGAGUUAGCACUUGGCAGACUGCAACCUUUACAAGCAAAAAUAAUCCAUCUUCAACUAGUAAACAAAAACUAAAACCAAGUGCAUGUUUCUUUUAAUAAUCUAUUUCCAGAAUUAGCUAAAGUAGGUUAGGAACUAGGUAUGCAAUUAUGUCACAUUAGGUAGUUACAUGUUUGCAUGGCUGGUUCAUCUUAGUGUGUGGGGAGAAGAAUGAAGAAUGUUUUUAGUGACAGCUGACAAAUCCUAAAAUUAUGUGGUUGGGCAAAGAAGGGAAACUUGUGGCCCUGUUUAGGGAGAAUGUCACAGCACAAACUCAUCACACCUCAGAGAUGCUGCACAAGUGUGAAGGUAUACAAUUCACUUGUAAUAAGAAACUAGACUUUAAAUUUUGCUGCUCACAGAAUUAUUUAAUAGGCAACAAUGGGUAGUUAAAUCAGGUAAGCACCCUACAAGUAUAUAUUUAAGCAAGCAUAUCUGGUCUUUACUUAGCUCAAGACCGAUCUGUUGGUAAAAGAUGGCAAAUAUUAUUUAGUACUGUAAUACAAAAUUAUAACACUUGACAUAUAUUUACUCUACUUACUUUUUGCUUGUUUAAGCUAUGACCAGGCACUGUCCACUAACUGAACUCCUAAGUGCUGUAGAAGGGAGAGAUCUAGUAUAAAGUUUUAGCACCCAUAGCUCCAACCCCAAGAGCUCUGGGACCUACAAGAUUACAUCCAAGACAACAACCAUCAGGCAAAGCACAGUCAAUAUCUAGUUUAUCCACAGCCCUUAAUUUCUGAUGUAUUAACUCAUCUAAGAGAACCAACAGGCUGGACACAAAAGGCAGUUGUCAGUCUCAUGCUGUUCAACUUAGCCCAACAGGACACAGAUGAAUACUUUAUGACCAUUACCAACUGUUCUUAGCAAGCUAGAAAGGAAGUUAGAAACCUGGAUUUUUCUGCCCUGGGUUGUAGAGCAUGCACCCUUUCUCUGGGGUGUUUGAGUGCAGUUAGAUUGGCCCAAGAGUAGUCCUAGUUGAGCUAAGAUUAAGGUCUGUAUAGCUUAGGCUAUCUACUUAAGUGAAAACCAACUUGCUAUUUGAAACAACAGAAGUACCUGUCAGCAAGUUGCAUCCAAGAAUUUGCAAAGUUUAUCUCCUAGCCCCGGCUGAUACCUACACAUAAAUGAACAGAAUGACUAUGAUAAAAACAAAGGUGCUUAAGAAGCUAUUAGUAGUUUGUACUGUAGCCCUUCUUUAGGGCAGAAAUGUCUGCUUGUCUUUACUGUACAUGACACUGAAUUACAGCUAGAGGCAAGUGCAGGACUUAGGAGUUCAAUUUUGGACAGCCAGCAU